UGCAAGUUGGCUCAACAAACUAUUCAUUCUCCUGAUGUCAACCAGCUAUAUUGGAAACUAAAUCAAAUUCUACCGUUCGCCAUGACUUCGAUCAAUCCAGUAAAGGUGAUAGGGUUGGCGUUGUUGUUAGCUGCACAAAUCUUUGAAAUACCCGCAGAAAGAAACAAAAGAUCUGUCGAUAUCCUGAACUUGAACUUGAACCCCACACCGGACGUUGCCGCUGAAAACGCAUUUAAUGCUGACCCAGUUUCUUGGUUGGGCAAAAAUUCAAUUAGCAGUGUGGCUAUAUUCACGUACGCACUCAACCAACGAACCCGUGUGAAUUUACGCAAUGGCGAAAUAUUUUCGUUCCGAUUUGCAAGGGUGGGAACCAACAAAUACGUUUACUAUGCUACACCGGAGUCAAGUGCCGGUGUUAAGGGCUAUUGGCUGAAUACUGCCGACAAGAUUACCAUUAACUUGAAUGACGGUCCUGCAUUCGUUUUUACCGGUGAACUUCAGGGAUGCUCAAUACAUGCAAAAGUUGUUUCCAAUAAAUUGGAAGUGUUCCAUCGCAACCGACAGCAUCUGCAUCAAAUUUACCUCGAUGCUAAUCGACAGGCCAUCGAUGGAAACGGUGCGCCAAUACGAGAAUUGGCCGGUGUUACAAGAUUCUUGGACAAAAAUCGGAACGAAAUUACGGCAGUGGCAAACGGUAAAAUUUCUUUGAAUAACGGCAUUUUGGACAGAUAUGGAAAUCGAAUAACGACAAUCAAUGGAAAGGAAGUGGAGAAUUUGAUAAACGAUAAUGUAGACCGAGGAACGGACGAGAUAUGUCAAUUCCUCAAUUAUGAUUUAAGAGGAGGAAGAUCCGUGUCUUGGGAACAAUACAGUUCCAAUCUUCCCGCCAACUAUGAAGCAGACCUUGCAGCUCAUCGCACCGGACCGAAAUUUACGACACCGUUUAUAUUUCGCAAGGACGGCGUGUGGUCUUUUGUAUCGCAACAAAUUCAAUACAGCGGUUCUGGUGGUGCUCCGGCUAGAGGACAAAUCUACGAUUUCCAAUUCACUGGCAAAGGCUAUUUGACCCAUCUGGAUUAGACAAUGGCCAUAAAUUUCCAUCCUUUGCUACAUGCUCUCUAUGAAUUGAAUUGGAUCAAUAAAUUCGAUUAGAAGAA